AUGUCGCCUGCUGCAGUGGAAGAAAAUCCCUUGAGCACGAACACGACGGUUGCAACUCUCCGAAAAGCACUGACGGAUGAGAGUGUGCCACUCGCGAAGCGUUUUCGCGCCCUCUUUUCUCUAAAACACGUCGCCUCGCAGGAAUCCGGCCCAGAUGCUUCGGCUGCCAUAUCUGCUAUUGCCGCUGCCUUCGCUUCCCCAUCUGCCCUCCUCAAACAUGAGCUAGCCUACUGUCUAGGGCAAACGAAGAAUCUAGAGGCAGUCCCCUUUCUACGAGCGGUGCUCGAAAACCGAGCAGAGGAUCCUAUGUGCCGACAUGAAGCAGCCGAAGCCUUGGGCGCUCUGGCUGAUAAGAGCAGCCUAGAACUAUUACAGCGGCUAAAGGAUGACGAAAAAGAACCUGUGGUCGUCCGUGAGACCUGUGACAUAGCAGUUGAUCGCAUUCGGUGGGCAGAUUCAGACGCCCAGUCUAAAGAGCAGCUUAAGGCCAGCGACUUCACAUCCAUCGACCCUGCCCCACCGAUGCCCUCGUCGAAAGAAACACCUUCGAUCAGCGACCUGCAAUCUACAUUGCUCGACACUUCACAAUCUCUGUUCCAGCGGUACCGAGCCAUGUUUGCACUGCGCGACCUGGCUUCGCCACCUGAUCUGCCUAGCGCCAAACCAGCGGUCCAUGCACUUGCAUCCGGCUUUCAAGAUCCUUCGGCGCUAUUCCGCCACGAAAUCGCAUUCGUCUUCGGCCAGUUGUCACAUCCAGAAUCGAUACCCGCACUCCUCGCAGUAUUGGAGGACCGGCAGGAGCAAAGCAUGGUCCGUCAUGAAGCUGCGGAGGCGUUGGGCAGCUUAGGAGAAGAACCGGGUGUCGAGGAUAUGCUAAAGCGCUUCCUGGACGAUCCUGAGCAGGUGGUACGGGAGAGCGUCGUUGUGGCGCUGGAUAUGGCCGAGUAUGAGAAGAGCACGGAUAUGGAGUAUGCCACCGUACCUCCUCUGGCUGUUGCUUCGUAA